AUGCAAGCAGCGUGCGAGAAGCGUUCAGAAGAGAUUCAGAGCAUUCGAGUUGCUAAGCUAGAGCAUACAGCGAGCAAGCAUAUGCAAGCAGCGUGCGAGAAGCAUUCAGAAGAGAUUCAGAGCAUUCGAGUCGCUAAGCUAGAGCAAACAGCGAGCAAGCACAGUAUUGAGCAAGCAGUAUGCAAGCAGCAUGCGAGAAGCAUUCAGAAGAGAUUCAGAGCAUUCGA